CAUAGAUGUAAGUACGAAUAAAUAAAUGUACAAAAGUACACAGGUAGUUAACCGAAAGUUGAAUAAGUUGGUAAAGAUCUGGCCUUAUUAUUAAAGUCAAUUCCAUUUCAACCCUUUGAAAUUUAAUUUUCUAAUUGUUUUUUCUAUGUUGAAGCACAAUGAUCAACUUGUAUCUCUUAAUCGAAAAAACAAAUCAAGUGCAAUUGCAUUUGAAAGGACAAACAUAUAAGAUGGACAGCUGUCGCUCUCGUUGGUGCCAAAAUUAACAUUCCGUAGCACGAGACUUUAUUUUUGUCCCGUGCACCGAAUACGGGGCCGGUGUAUCGCCGGUCUCGGGAAUUUCCGGUACCCGAAUCGGCACGCGUGUUGCCUCAACUACCCCGUCGUACCACCUUCACGGGUACUAGAAUGGUGGGGGAAGGCCCCCGACCGAAAGAAAACCCAUCGCGUAGGGCUACCGAGACCAUUCAGCCGCGCGCUCUCAAACCUUUCGAAUCUUUCAAUUUUUGUGCUCAAAACUUUUUAAACACAAAUACGCGAAGUGUUUUUAUUUUUAAAUUUUUACAUAUAUAUGGCUCUUGCUAUGACCUUAGGUCAAAAAUCCAACAUGUACAACGUCAUCCAGCAUUCGAUGCCCCAAACUACAAACUGUGUGAUCGUGUCUCAGCCUCAAAAACAUACAGUGAUCGCUUCAGGCAAAAGGCCUCUGGCUCCAGCACCCGAAAGAAGUUCAGUUUUAGUGUCCAACAACAAUAACGAUUUGCGUUGCAAACGCAAAAUCCAGUUUAUGCCUUACGGAGCUCCAGCCCCUCAGCCAGCUUCAGUUGCCAGAAGAAACGCCAGAGAACGUAAUCGUGUUAAGCAAGUCAACAAUGGAUUUGCAACUUUGAGAUCGCACAUUCCUCCGACUGUUUGCCAAGCUUUAUCGCCUCAGCCUCCAGCAGCUUCGAGUCGUGGAGCUUCCAAGAAACUAUCCAAAGUUGAAACUCUUCGUAUGGCCGUUGAAUAUAUUAGAAGUUUGCAGCAAAUGCUUGACGAAAACGAAACUGAAGGGUCUAACAAUCAGGAUCAAAGCUACUACAGCAGUUCGCCUGAAAGCCAUCAACAAAUCUACCAAAGUUCGUAUCCUAUUUUACUACCAACACCGUCUUGUUCAGAAGCUUCAGCUUCACCAACACCGUCACACAGCUCAGAAAGUUCCUUCUCAGCAGCUUCCGCAUAUACGAAUGCUUUAUAUCAAACAACUGAAAAUUAUGAAAAUUACGAUCCUAAAAGUCCAGAAGAUGAAGAGUUACUGGAUGCUAUAUUUUAUUGGCAACAAGAAUAACAUUUCAUGAGGUUAGUAUAUUUUAAUUUUAUUUUUUUUUGUACCUGUGCAAUUUCACAGCACCCCAAUUUUUAUACCUGCCUGUUCAGGUUAUAUUUUAUUUUCU